GACCAUGUCCGAGAUCCAGGCUGUAGACACAGACAGUCCCAGUCAAAUCAUGACUAGAGACUAUGAAACUUCCGUAAUUCAGCGAAAAAAAUGAUGGCAGUUUAGGUAUAUAAUCAAAAAAACGCUUGCGUUAUACGCGAAGUGUAACCGGCAAUUCCCGGUCACUUCUCCCCCACCGACAGCCAUUCCCGGUCACCACUCCACCUCUAAUCCGUACAUAUCUCUACGAAGAUUCGCCACCCCUUUUAAAUUCCUCAUCUCUUUCCCGCACUUGCGUCGCUCCCAUCACCACCACUACGGCCCACGAGUUCAAGUCCUGGAAAUAGUAAAGUCGCUGUCCACGCCACACGCACACUACAGAAAGAGAAAGUUCCUUUCCAGGAAACAAGACUGGCAUUACAGAAUCCCGAGGAGCGUCCGGCACCUAGCAGAUAUUGAACAUUGUUUAAGCUUUUGCCGAUCUUCGAAGCUGGAGCCAAAAGCUGCGUUUUAGCCGUUUCUCUUCUUCCUCUUCCCAUUCUGUCUUUUUGCGGUGAAAAGUGACAGAAUGAAACGCAUUGCAACUUGCUUCUAAAGCACCUGAUCUCAAGUGUAACUAUCGGUGCUGUUUGGCGUCUAUCCUUUGAAAUUUCGCUUUCAUUUUCUUUGCUGUGAAAACUUUUCGUAGUCUAUGCGUUGUGGAAUCUCGAGAAAUAGUCGUCAAAUUUGUCCAGCCUGUUAUCUAGUCACUGUUACAAUUGAAGAUUUUUUGGUUGCUUCGAACCUUGCAUAGAUAUUCUCAGAUUGCUUGACGGUGACUAAAAUAGCCUGAUUGUUGCAAUAUUAGGAUACUGAAGGAGAGCUCCGGAACUAGUUUUCCCCGCACGUUAAAGCAGAAAUCUCUAAUACAUUUUCCUCGUUUCCAUCCAGCAUUGGCAUAUUAUUGACAAGCUUUGGCAGGUUUUGUCGGCUUAUUAUUUCUGCCUCACGGUACUUCUCCAUUUUAGUUAGUUUUUGUAUUGAUUUAAAUAUGAAAGAGAUUGAGAAGAGGAGAACUUCAAAUGAUAUUCAAUCAAAGCGCUCUGGAAAAACUGGAAGAAAAGAUCAAAAGCAGCAGUCAAAUGGCUCCAAAAAUUUAAAUGCAAAACACCGUGAACCGAAAGUUUUGAAUUCCAAGGCAGGCUCCAAUAUGCGAGGAAGUGAGCCGACUGCAGGCUCACAGCUUCCUGAAGUUUAUGAAGAGUUGGUUAUACAUUAUGUGGACGAAGUCAACAAAUUAGAACAGACUCCUCAAGAUCCUAAAGCUAAUACAGCUGCUGAGAAAACAAAGAAGGAUGAAAAUUUAGAUGGUCAUUCCAGUGAUUUCGACAAAGAUCGUGAACAAGAGAAAGAAUAUGAAUCAGAUUCUGAUACAAUAAGAGAUUCAACAUCAUCUCAGGGGGAUUCCUUUGCUACUGAAGAUGAGAAUGUAGAAAGUGCGGUGAAAGUCUCCAAAAGCAAUAAUUCCUCAGAUAUUUGUCCUAAUGAAGGCACAGCUGGAUCUGAUGGUGAAGCUAAUCAAUUACAACCCAAAACAAUUAGUAACACUCCUAAUAAAUCUGUAACAGUUAGCGGAGUGCCUGCUAAUAUUACAGUCAACAAUCCUACUAAAAAUUCUGAAAACUUUCAAGAUCAUUCUAAAUCUUCAGGUGGAACUUAUGAUGGGAAUAUUCAGGAAAUAAAAAAGGUUGAUGUUUUGGAUGAAGCCUCAAAUGGUGCUCAUAGUGUUGAGCAUGACAAUGACACAGUUGAUGCUGAAGAAAAUGGUAUGCUUGACAAUGAGGAAGCAUUAAAUCAAAAGAUUGAAGAUAUGGAAAUGCGAAUAGAGAAACUUGAAGAGGAGCUGAGAGAAGUAGCUGCUCUUGAAAUUUCUCUCUAUUCUGUAGUACCAGAACAUGGUAGCUCAGCACACAAGGUGCAUACACCUGCUCGACGCCUUUCUAGGCUCUAUAUUCAUGCCUGUAAACACUGGACUCAAAACAAGCGAGCCACAAUUGCUAAAAACACUGUAUCUGGCCUUGUUUUGAUUGCCAAGUCCUGCGGCAGUGAUGUUUCAAGGUUAACAUUCUGGUUGUCAAACACCAUUGUGCUUAGGGAAAUAAUUUCUCAGGCAUUUGGCAGUGUGCAUACCUCAAGUCCUGGUUCAAGGUUGUCUGAGUCAAAUGGGGGUAGCAAAAGAAGUGAGGGGAGGUUCGCAACAUUGAAAUGGAAGGGUAGUUCCAGCGGCAAACAAGUUAAUGACUUGAUGCAUUCUCUUGAGGAUUGGCAGGAAACAGGAACCUUUACAGCUGCACUAGAAAAAAUUGAAUCUUGGAUAUUCUCUAGGAUUGUUGAAUCAGUGUGGUGGCAGGCCUUGACUCCACAUAUGCAAUCUCCAAUGGAGGAUUCUUCCACCAGUAAAACCAUUAGAAAGCUGUUGGGGCCAGCAUUGGGUGAUCAGCAGCAAGGAAGCUUUUCCAUUAACCUAUGGAAAAAUGCUUUCCAAGAUGCUUUUCAAAGGCUUUGUCCUGUUCGAGCAGGCGGGCAUGAGUGUGGUUGCUUGCCUCUCCUGGCAAGAAUGGUUAUGGCACAGUGUAUUGCCAGACUUGAUGUAGCAAUGUUCAAUGCCAUUCUGCGGGAGUCAGUCCAUGAGAUUCCAACUGAUCCUGUCUCAGAUCCUAUUGUAGAUUCUAAAGUCCUUCCCAUUCCAGCUGGAGAUUUGAGUUUUGGAUCUGGUGCACAGCUAAAAAAUUCUAUCGGCAAUUGGUCUAGGUGGCUUGCUGAUAUGUUGGGCAUGGAUGCUGGUAGUUCUCCAAAAGAGGAUGAAAAAAGCAGUGAGGAGGAUUACAGACAAGUAGGAGAGGAUGAGACUAAAUCUUUCAUUCUGCUAGAUCAUCUGAGUGAUCUUCUAAUGCUACCCAAAGAUAUGCUUGUAGACCGAUCGGUGUGUCCUUCAAUUAGUCUUCCGUUAAUUAAAAGAAUACUAUGCAACUUCACUCCAGAUGAAUUCUGUCCAGAUUCUGUGCCAGGAUCAGUAUUGGAAGCAUUGAAUGCUGAGAGCAUUGUGGAGCGGAGAUUAUCUGGAGACUCAGCCAGAAGCUUCCCUUACUCAGCUGCCCCUGUUGUCUACACUCCUCCUUCAUCCGCAGAUGUUGCGGAAAAAGUUGCAGAGGUGGGGGGAAACUCUCAACUGACAAGGAACAUAUCCGUGGUACAGAGAAAAGGAUACACCAGCGAUGAAGAACUUGAGGAACUAGAUUCUCCUCUGACAUCUAUCAUUGACAAAAUGCCUUCAUCUCCAUUGAUUUUAUCCAAUGGAGGUGGAAAACACAAGGAGCAUGCAGGUUAUGGCAGUAUAAAUGCAAGGUACAUUCUGCUUCGGGAAGUCUGGUCUACCUGAGACCUGAGCUAUAGAAGUUAGCUUUUCUUGUGUAUAUCCGAGUUUUGUAGUCGGAGAUGUGGAGAAAAACAGAGAAAACCUACGGUGAAGAAGAGAAGAAAAAAAGAAAGAUGCUUUUGAGUUAAGAGUUCAUUCAUGCAUUGUAAGUUAUUGUUCUUUUUGUAUGUCUUUUCUUUUAACGUUCUUUAUAUUGUUUAGACCGUCUUAUUAUGUAUGUGAAUAAUGGAAUUAGAUAACAGAAGCUGUGCUGUUUCCCUUGGUAAAUGAAAAUAUAAUGUAUUUAAUUGUAUGUGGUUAAUGACGA